AUGGCACGCGCGCAAACCGCGGAUGUGUCCUUUCGCGAACUGACAAUUCAUGACUUCGAGGUGUUGAAAAGGCUAGGCGUGCAGUGCCUUCCAUUACCGUAUGACGAUUCAUUUUGGCUGGCUAUCGCCGCAAACAAAGUCACUCACUACUCACUCGGUGCUUAUAAUCGGGAAAAUAAUCUUGUUGGUGCUAUUGGUAUAGUACGAAGUGCAAAAGAUGAGUUUAAUGUAAAGGAUCUUCAUCCUGAAGAACAAAAACUAGUUAAUAACUUUAGAAAGACCUGCUAUAUUUCAACGUUAAUUGUAGCACCAGACUUUAGAAAGAAAGGCAUCGCUACUCAAUUGUUGCAACGGGGUACUACGAGGCUGGCCCAAAAAGGCAGCCAACUAGUUUACCUACAUGUUUUACACUCGAAUAUACCUGCGAUUCGUCUUUACGAGAAAUUAGGAUUCGAAAGAGUUGCCGAUGUUCCAAAUUACUAUACGAUCAACGGUGCACGGGAGACCGGCAUCAUCUACAGUAAAGGUCUGACUAGCGGAACAUGCCAACAGUGCGGAACCCAAGACUGUCGCUGUACCAUAACGUGA